GGGGAUUGGUUGGGGGAGUUGACAACUAGAAGCCUUAAAAACAAAAAUGCCCCUUGGGAUGCUCUUAUUUUAUUAUUUUGCACCAAAACUGUCUUCUUCCGUACGCGCAAACUAUAUCAUCACGUUUCAUUCACCCUAUUCUCUUCAUCCCAUAUAACAACAAAUUAGGGUUUCUGAAAUCUCCCAAAUUCAUUCCAAACUCAAUGAAAAAUUCAAAACUGGAUCCAUACGAUCGUAAAACUUCCGUCAUGACCUCCGAUUUUUCUCCUGAAGGCCCCGGCGACUUCGGUUUUGCGUUCAACGACAGCAAUUUCUCCGAUCGUGUUCUUCACAUCGAGAUCGUUUCGGAGCCACUUGAUUCUGCACACGACGGUGAUGGAUGUGCGAGCCUCUCCGAUUGGGCUAGGAAUCGGAAACGCCGAAGAGAAGAUAUUAAAAAGGAAACUGCUGUCGACAUUGCUGCUGGUUAUCCAGAGGAACAACUUCUCUAUCAACCUGAUCAUCUUCCUGAUGAUGAUGUAGACGCUGAAAAUCCAGAUGAAGAGCCCGCAGAAAUGGUUGAAGAAGCACCAUCAGAUGAUGAUGAUUCAAAUGGGGCAAUGGAGUGUUCAACAGUAGUAAGAGUUGAAACUUUACAUAUUAGCUCUCCUAUUUUAGCUGCAAGAAGCCCAUUUUUCUACGAGCUUUUUUCAAAUGGGACGAAAGAGUCAGGACGCCAUAUAAACUUGCGAAUCAAUGCCUCGGAAGAAGCUGCCCUCAUGGAACUCUUGAACUUUAUGUAUAGCAAUAACUUGACAGUUUCUUCGGCUCCUGCACUGCUGGAUGUGCUAAUGGCUGCCGACAAGUUUAAGGUUGCUUCAUGCAUGAGAUAUUGCAGUCAUUUACUGAGAAACCUGCCAAUGACACCUGAAUCUGCAAUACUUUAUCUUGAACUUCCUUCAAGUGUUUUAAUGGCUGAAGCCGUUCAACCAUUAACUGCUGCUGCCAAACAGUUCCUUGCUGUCCGUUACAAAGACAUAACCAAGUUUCAAGAUGAGGUUCUUAAAUUGCCACUUUCUGGUGUGGAGGCGAUUAUAUCUAGUGACGAUCUUCAUGUGGCAUCGGAGGACAUUGUUUUUGAUUUUGUUCUUAAAUGGGUUCGGGCUCACUACCCCAAUUUAGAGGACCGUCGUCAGAUUCUUGGGGCCCACCUUGCAAAGUAUAUCCGCUUCCCUUAUAUGACAUGCAGAAAGCUUAGAAAAGUCAUGACUUGCACCGACUUUGACCCGGACUUUGCUCAAAAGGUAGUAACGGAAGCACUUUUUUUCAAAGCCGAUGCCCCACACAAACAACGUUCAUAUAUCAGCGAUGAAAACUCUAAUCUUCACCAUCGGUUCAUAGAACGGGCCUACAAGUACUUGCCUGUUAAGGUGGUUGAAUUCGAACAACCACGGCCACAGUGUGUGGUGUACUUAGAUUUAAAACACGAGGAGUGCGCACGCUUGUUUCCAUCGGGCCGGGUUUAUUCCCAAGCGUUUCACUUGAGUGGUCAAGGGUUUUUCUUGUCGGCCCAUUGUAACAUGGACCAACAAAGCUCGUUCCACUGUUUCGGGCUCUUUUUGGGUAUGCAGGAAAAAGGGUCGGUUUCUUUUGCGGUUGACUACGAGUUUUCAGCGAGGUCAAAGCCUGGGGAAGAGUUUGUUAGCAAAUAUAAAGGGACUUACGUAUUUACAGGGGGCAAAGCUGUUGGGUACCGUAAUUUGUUUGCAACUCCGUGGACUUCGUUUAUAGGGGAAGACAGUGUUCACUUUAUUGAUGGCCUUCUUCAUCUAAAGGCUGAGCUUACUAUUAGGCACUGAGAAACUAACAAGCAACAAACUUUUCUAUUGCUACAAAGGUACAAAUUGUUUUAACAAAAUAGCGGUAGUUUAACGAAACCGAGUGAUGAAAUGUAAAUCGUAUCGGGUAUUUUAAUGAUAUCUUUUUUUUUUUUUUUUU